CACUAUAACUAUUUUAAAUAAUUUUAAAAUAAAUAAAAUAAAACGAUGUCGAACAAAGUGGAUAAGCUGCACAAACAGGCUUUGCGGGAGCAACAAAAGCGGAUGAAGCCCGGAGAGUGCAUGAAAUACGUUCGCAUGGUUAUAGAUGCAGGAUUUCUGAGUGUUCCCGUGGGUCAGGAGAUGCUGCAGCAACUAAACUCAACGGAUUUGAAGUAUGAAAUAAAGAGCUUGCCGGUGAGCUACUGCAUCCUGUGGGAGCGAAAUGUGGGCCAGCAGACGAUUGCCCUGGGAACGGGCCUGGACGAGGCCUGGAAACGGGAGGACCAAGUGGUCCAGUGGCUAAGCGAGUCCAGUUUCCAAAAGGCCGUCAAGGAUCAAAGCCUGGCUUGCCUGGGGCCCAGGCUACAGGCCUCCUUUCCGGAUGCCCACUACACGGUAGCCCUGCCAAAACUUCGGCAUAGCCAACACGGUGGUUCAGCUAGUCAGGAUGCCCUGAUAGAGAUGCAGUUGCUGCAGGAACUCCACGUAGAGCAGCUAAGCAAGCCCGAGGCCCAGGAUCUGUGUGCCCUUCUCCAGAGAUACACGAAGGCCAUUGCCGAGGCUCCCUAUAAGAAGCAACGCAACGAAUCGCUGGGCUGCUUCAAAAAGUACCUGGCCAACGACAAGAAGCAGUGCGUCAAAGUGGAUCAGGGCAAUGGCUACGGACGUCUCUGGCAGCAGCACCUGAAUCGACUGCCCAUGGUCACGCUGGAGGUGGCCGAGUCCAUUAUAGGCCAGUAUCCCUGCCCCAGGAAACUUAUUGAUCACUUUUCCAGCGAUCCCACGGCUGUGCAGAGUCUGGCCGAUUUGAAGAUCAAGCGCUGCAACGGCCCCCAACCGCUGCACACCGAAAGACGGAUCGGAAAUGUGCUCAGCAAUAAGCUGUACACUUUGUACAACUCCAAGGAUCCAAACACUCUGCUAUAGGCCAUUCUUAGCUUU